AUGGCAGAGAGGAGAGCAGCCGCGAAGACAGCAACUGAGCCGGACUUCCUGCAGUUUAAUGAUCUGGCGUGUGAGGCGGUCGGUGGGAAGGUUAUUUUUGCGACAGACGAAUGGUUCGCUCCGGCUGCCAACCUGCUGAAGAGAGAGUCGCCACAAUUCAUCGCUUCUGCCUUCACCGAGUUUGGGAAGUGGAUGGACGGAUGGGAGACGAGAAGAAAACGAAUACCUGGUCACGACUGGUGCAUCAUCCAGCUGGGGGUACCAGGGCAGAUCUACGGCAUCGAUGUCGACACGUCCUUCUUCACUGGAAACCACUCGCCCUACGUUUCCAUCCAGGCCGGCUGUCUGGACAAUACACCCAACUUCACCCUGGAAGGAGACCGAACCGGCAUGGCAGCAUCCGAGAGUCAGCUGGCUGCUGUUGCCAAGCUGGGCUCGGAGGCGUGGCCAGAGCUGUUGUGUGUGUCGCAGCUGAAACCCGGAUACUCAGACUGCUGCCACAACUACUGCAAGGUCAACUUUAACCACCGAGUCACACACCUUCGCCUCAACAUGCACCCAGAUGGAGGGAUAGCAAGGCUUCGGGUGUACGGUGUGGGACAGAGGGACUGGUCGUCUGUCUCCCCCCAGCAGGAUGUCGACCUGGUGGCUCUGACCAAUGGGGGCGUCUGCCUCGGCUACAGCGAUGCCCACUUUGGGCAUCCACGCAACAUGAUUGGUCUCGGCCGAGCUGUCAACAUGGCCGACGGCUGGGAAACAGCUCGCAGACUGGACAGACCCAAACACCUGCAGGUGGACAAGCGAGGCAUCCUGCAGGUUCCCGGCUGGGAGUGGGCAGUGUUUCGUCUCGGACAUCCCGGAGUGAUCGGCAGCAUCGAGGUUGACACAAACCACUUUAAAGGUAACUUCCCAGACUCUUGCAAGAUCGAGGUUUGUCUUUUGACCCCCGAAGAGGAAGCUCAGUGCAUCGAGGCCAGGUGGAACUCUGGGAAAUGGCAGGUCCUUCUCCCCCCUCAGAAACUUUGGCCUCACCACAGACAUCUGUACGGCGCCGCCGAGCUCACUCGCCACUCCACCGCCACCCACGUCCGCCUCAUCAUCGCUCCGGACGGAGGAGUCAGCCGGCUCCGCCUCUGGGGCCGAGCCGCGCCCGCCAGCGCAGCGCCGGCCAAUCAGAAGACACCGGCGAUGUCCAAACUGUGA